AUGAAGGCCGUCGCAUACGCUGUCGUUCUUGGUGCUGCCUUGGCCACCUUCGCUGCUGCUGCUCCGGCCCCUGUUGCUCUUCCUGGAGGCAAAGACGUUGGGAACUACGGCAACCACCAGUCCACCGAUAACUACAAUGACUACGGCAAGAAGGGCGACGACAACGACAACAGCCACGAGAAGGACGACAAGUACAAGGACAAAAACGGCAACAAGAAGAAGGGCGGCAACAGAAACGAUGACAAGCAUGGGAACAACAACGACCACAAGUCCGACUAUGACCACGGUGACAAGUACGGCGGAGGCAAGGACAAGGACCAAGGCAAGAAGGAGAGUAAGGACCGCUCUCCCAGCAAGCCCGACGGCAAACACACCAAUGGCAAGGACGGCAAGGACGGUAAGGGCGGCAGCGACCAAAACCACGACAAAAACGGCAAGGGCAAGGGCAAGGGCAAUGGCAACUACGACGAUGGCAAGAAGGAUCAGCACCACGAUGGGAAGAAGAACGGCAAGGACGGGAAGGACCAGGAUCAGAAGAAGGGCGGCAAGCAGGGUUGGUGA